UGCCGCACUGUGUAUCCGUUUCUCCGAUAUAAAGGGCAUCUUAUGCUCGUUCACUCGCUACCCAGUAUAGCUCACAAUGUCUCUUCUCCUACGCUCUUCCCUUGUCCUUGUGCAAGCAUUCUGCAACCAGAUCGCAUUUACUCCACCUAAUAAAACGCCAGCAAAAUUGCGCUAUCACACUGAAGAGGCAUCCGUUUUGCAAAUAGCUCCAUUGAUCUUCAAGGUCCACACAAUAAUUCUGUGGCUGAGCGCUGCAUAUGAAGUGAUUUUGACAUUCCACUGUUUUCGUGGAUCGUUGUUGUCAACGCAGCUGUCAAGCCGUGUCGACUCGGUAUCAUGUCCCGCACAGUACACGCAACAUUUAGUCACUCCCGUAUUCUUGCUCGGAGUCAUGAUGGCUGCUCUCGGGAUGUUCAUCCGUGUGCGCUGUUUCCACGAGCUCGGUCAUUUGUUCACCUUCGACCUCACCAUGUACCCUGAGCACAAGCUUGUGACCUCUGGAUUUUACAAAUACGUCCGGCACCCAGCGUACACAGGCUCCUUGUUGCUGGUUGCGGGUAUUGCCUUCUCGCAUCUAACUCCCGGGAGCUUGAUAAUCGAAUGCGGCGUCCUCGGACCUUUCAGUUCCGCAUUGUUAGGGGCUACGUGGUGGGUUUGGGCGUUAUCAGUAGGUGUAAGCCGUGCAUACGCAGAGGAUGGCGAGCUUCGUAAAUUAUGCACAUCAGAGUGGGAUGCAUAUGCUGCGGAAGUGAGGUUCUGGUUUGUGCCGGGAUUGCUGUGAGCUAGUGACGUGCGUCUUCGGUAGAUCAGUUCGCCGUAAAACUUGUUUUCUUUCCCUGUUUCAUCACGACUCACUACUAGCAACUCAUUUUAGAGAAUCAAUUCCUCACGAUUUAGGAUUUAUGUCUACACAUAGAUAGCUCUUAUGUGCAUUUUAGAGUCUCGCUGGUUUUCUUUAGUGCAAUCUGCUUCUACUUAAAAUUAUGCUACACCAUCGCUUGUCAGUAAAC